UGAGCAAUAUUUGUAGACUUUUUUCAUAUCAAUAAAAACUUGACGGUGAUAUCCAUCAUAUUAAAAAAAAAUAUUGAUUAAGUUCAAUGAAACAGAGGGGUAAUUCAAAAAUAUUUUCCACAAGGGAUUUUUGGCACACACUGUAUAUCUCGUAUGACGUUCGACGAUGAAUAUCUUCUCAAUAUUAUAACAUUUCCUAACAAAAAUGUUAUAUAUUAUCAUUAGAUAUGUGCAAUUUUCGUUCCUGCCUCUUUUUUGUUUUGUGUCAACUGACAGCAUAUUUAUUUUGGUUUUAAUUACUUAUUUUUUGUUUAGGCAACAUUUGAAAAAUUAGAUCAUGAAGUAAAAGAAAUCAAUACAAAUGCCGAUGCGUUAAAACGAAAUUUUUCAGAAUUAACAGAAUUAAAACAUAAUUUAUCAAUGACCCAAGGAUUUUUUGAUGAUGCAAGACCAACUGAUCAUGAUAUUGUGCCUGCACGUGAAAUGGAAAUUGCUGCAUCCGGUCAACCACUCAAAUUAGGGUUUAUUACUGGUGUAAUUCCACGUGAACGUAUGCCCACAUUUGAACGAAUGUUAUGGCGUGUCUGUCGUGGUAAUGUGUUUCUUAAACAAGCUGAUAUACCAGAACAAGUUGAAGAUCCAAUUACGGGUGAAAAAGUUCAUAAAACAGUAUUUGUCAUAUUUUUUCAAGGUGAACAAUUGAAAAAUCGUGUACAAAAAAUAUGUGAAGGAUUUCGUGCCAAUAUUUAUCCAUGUCCAGAAAAUCCUCAAGAACGUCGUGAAUUAGCUAUGGGUGUUAUGACACGUUUAGAAGAUUUAGGUGUUGUUUUACGUCAAACACAAGAACAUCGUCAACGUGUUUUAGCUGCUACUAGUCGUAAUUUAAGUACAUGGCAAAUUAAAGUUCGAAAAAUCAAAGCAAUUUAUCAUACAAUGAAUAUGUUUAAUAAUGAUGUGGCACGAAAAUGUUUGAUUGCUGAAUGUUGGGCACCUGUCACGGAAUUAGAUCGAAUUCAAUUAGCAUUAAGAAAAGGAUCGGAACAAACUGGUGGUACUGUACAAUCGGUUUUAAAUCGAAUGAAUACAACAGAAAAUCCUCCAACAUUUAAUAAAUCAAAUAAAUUUACUCAAGGUUUUCAAAAUUUAAUUGAUGCAUAUGGUGUGGCUACAUAUCGUGAAGUUAAUCCAAUGCCUUAUACGGUGAUUACAUUUCCAUUUUUAUUUGCUGUUAUGUUUGGUGAUGCUGGACACGGUAUAAUUAUGCUCUUAUUCGCUUUAUGGAUGGUUCUUAAAGAAAAAACAUUAAAAGAUAAAUGGAAAGAUAUUGAAGUUUGGACAAUAUUUUUUGGUGGACGAUAUAUUAUAUUAUUAAUGGCAUUAUUUUCAAUAUAUACCGGCAUGUUAUAUAAUGAUGUAUUUUCAAAAUCAUUAAAUAUUUUUGGUUCAUCAUGGAGAGUUGGCUUUGAUGAUCAAUUUUUGAAUGCAUCGGAGACAGUGACACUUGAACCGGUACCAUACAAUUAUACACAUAGUAAAGAUUAUGUAAAAAUGUAUUCAGGUGUACCAUAUCCAUUUGGAUUAGAUCCAAUUUGGCAAUUAGCUGAAAAUAAAAUUACAUUUACAAAUUCUAUGAAAAUGAAAUUUGCUAUUAUUAUUGGUAUUUUUCAAAUGGCAUUUGGUGUUACAUUGAGCAUGUGGAAUCAUUUAUUUUUUAAUCAUCACUAUGCGAUAUUUGUCGAAUUUUUACCACAAUUGAUCUUUCUAAUAUGUAUAUUUUUUUAUUUAAUUAUUUUGAUAUUUUACAAAUGGACACAUUAUGAUGGAUCAAAUGCUGAUAUAGCACCAAGUUUAUUGAUACAUUUGAUCGAUAUGAUAUUAAUGUCUUAUCCAAAUGAACCUGCAAGUUCAAAACAAUUUUACCCCGGACAGAAACAAAUUCAAAUGGCUUUAUUAGCCAUUGCUGUACUGUGCAUACCUACAAUGUUAUUAGGCAAACCAAUUUACACAAUAAUAAUGAAUAAACGUCGAGCGAAUCUCUAUCAACAUUUUCAAAAUGAUCAUCAUUCUGUAAAUAAUAAUGGCGAUCAUCCGCAGAAUAUAAAUACUCUUGAGAAUAGUGCAAGUAAUCAUGAUGAUCAAAUAAACUUAAAUGAUAUGCAUUCAUCUCAUCGAGGUAUAGUAUUGGAGUUUGAUGUACGUGAUCCAGAUACUAGUUCGGAGACCAUGAUGGAUGCUGAUAUAUCAGACGUACCGGAGGUUGAGAUGAGUGAAUUAUGGGUUGAACAAGGUAUUCAUACAAUCGAAUAUUUUCUUGGUUGCAUUUCACAUACCGCAUCUUAUCUACGAUUAUGGGCAUUAUCCUUAGCACAUGCACAAGUACUAUGGCAUAUGGUGUUACAUAAUGGUUUAGCCAUGUCUGGUUAUGUUGGAUCAAUAGCUACCUAUAUUGUAUUUGCACCAUGGACAGUAUUAACUGUUAGUAUAUUGUUAUUAAUGGAAGGUUUAUCAGCAUUUCUUCAUGCACUACGUUUACAUUGGGUUGAAUUUCAAUCAAAAUUUUAUAAAGGUGAAGGUUAUCCAUUUGUACCAUUUUCAUUUCGAUUAAUGGAAGAAAAUCCAACGGCUUAA